AUGAUACUCGGACUACCAGUGGACGGGCAGCCUGUGUGCGGGAAUCUUCAGCCUGCUGGAUGGCGCGACAUGGUGAAGACACUCCUUGGUAGUAGGCCUCCUGAGCAAGAGCAGGAUGCGAAAGAUAAGAAACCAUGUGGCAUCAGCUCCGCCUGGUUGGCUACCAACUUAUGGGAAUGUGCUCCUGAUGCAGCGGAGGAGUUCGUUGAGACGUAUGCUCGCGCGUGGUUGUGGCACCUUAUUGGCGGUUACUUGUUUCUGGACGAGAGUAGCAACACAGCACAGUGGGACCAUGGCAACCUUGGGGGAUGCGCGUACCUGCUACAGGUUUGGGAUUUCGAGGAUGAGGGCUCGAUGCCGACCGUUGCUUUCCUUUGGAAAAACGUCAAGGGCAUGGAGUAUUGGCAUUCUAUUCUGCCGCUUAUUUGUUUCUCCAUUGUUGAAAUCCAUCCGCUGAACCGUGUGAUGAGGAAGUUUGGGAGGUUGCAGCGUACGCCUCCAGACACGGCCUCCACAUCGGUGACCUUGCACAAGAUUAACAGGAGGAAGCAGAGGGGUGCAAGAGAUUGGCGGGACAUCCACAACACCUAUUUGCUACAGUGGGCUAAUAGGUCCUAA